AUGGGGGCGAAAGGUGAUAUUUCAGAUUACAGACAUAAGCUGGACAAGACACUGGCAUCUCAGAACUUGGUAAAUGAAGAAAUCCUCAAGACUCUUGUGAAGAAUCAAUUUUUACGCUCAUCUGUGGAUUUGCAACUUGGAGAACAUUUUAACAAUGCAGUGGAAAGAAGAAGUAAAGAAGUGUACAGUUUUCUUGAUAUGUUGAGGAGUGCAUCCGUCGAUCACACUGAGAGGUCAAAAUUCAGCGAGGAAUCAGGUGGUGGCUGGAAAGUAAAACAGGACACCGAAGAGUUCAGGGUUAUGUAUCGAGAAGGGCCAGAAGGCACUCCCUUUCAUACACUACUUGUUGAAGGCUAUGUAGAUGGUCCGCUAGAUGUUUGUCUGUGUAUAUCAUGGGAAUCAAGUCUCUACAAGAAAUGGUGGCCUCAAACUGCAAUUCCAACUUUCAAAAUCGUCUCAUCUGAGUGUUUACAAAGAGUUAGGACUGGUGAACAAAUAUCGUUAGUGAGGAUGAAAGUUUCAUGGCCAUUGUCAAGCAGAGAGGUUCUAGCACAUUAUUUUGCAUUUGAAUACUUUGAAGACGGGCUAGUUGUUGUGCUUCUUAAUUCGAUCUCCGAUUCGGAGACCAUCCAUACAAGUACACAUGGUUUUACCGGAGAUGGAAUACCUGAUGCACGGGAUGUAGUGAGAAUUGAUGUAGUGGGAGGCUUUGCAAUACAAAAAGUGACUGCAGACAGGAGCUACUUCCGGACAAUUGCAAACAUGGAUAUCAAAUUGGACUUUAUUCCUCCAGCAUUCAUCAAUUUUAUCUCAAGGCAGCUCAUAGGUAGCGGUUUCAAGCUCUAUAAAAAGGAAGUUACUUCAGUUUCUAAAGGUGACGGAGAAUUUAGCGAGAUUUUAAAAGACCCACUCUACACUCGCAUACGCGAGGCUCUUUAUUCAGAGAAUAUAACUAUUGAGGCUCCUGAGCAAGGACUGCAGAAAGAGACGUCCAUUAUGUCUGAAGAGCAAACAGAGGCAAGAGAAGAUGAUCAUAUGAAGGAGAAUAUUCAUAGCAAUGACAUUGAUAUUGCUGAUUCAAUAUCAGAGGAUGUAGUUGUCAGAGAUCAAAAUGGUCUUUUUGAAAUUGAGGAGAUUGAGGAAACAGACAUUGGAGAAACUGAAUCAGGAGAUGAGAAUAUCAAGAAACCGGGCAAUCACCUGACAAAUGAGACGAGACCCAAAUUUUUGAUCCACGAGAAUAACAAAGUUGUUAUUAGCCCCGAGGUCGAACAGGCUCUAGGAACAUUAGAAAAGGUGAUUUCCAUUUUCCGGGAAUAUAAAUCCAAUCCCGAAACAGGAUCUCAUUCAGGCAUCAGCAGUGGAAAGUCCAUCAAUAUAGAAACUGAUGGUGCAAAAGAGUCAGCAUCCUCAGAAGCUGAUCAAAUAUGCAGACAAGACUGGAAUCUCACUGGAUUGUCAAAAACAGGAUCGACAGAGACGACUUUGCAUGAGCCCAGGAACAGUUCUGGCAGUCAUGAUUCCAGGUGUGGAGGAUCCAAGGAAACUAGCCAUAAUAAGAUAGCACCAGCUUCACCAGAUGAAAAUCAUUUGAUGUCAGAGACUAAUCACAUUGCUAUAUAUUCUUCCAUGAAUCAAAGUAACAAGGCCACAGUUUUAGAGACCGAUCACAUUGCUGAAAAGAGAACCGUCAAAAGAAAGAACAAGACGUCGAGGUAUUGGUGCUUGACUUUCAUUCCUGGAAAGUCGAUGGCUGAAUAG